CUAAACUAGUUCGUGUUGAAUUUGUGUUGCGAAGAAAGCCGCAUUUUCUAUUUUAUCGCCUUUUCUAAUGUUUAUUGUAGAAUGAAUUCUCAAGUGUUUUUAGUUAUUUUGACGAUUGAGACGCAUAAUUCAUAAAUAUGCCUCCAGUGAUUUCCAAAAGUAAAAAGAACGGCGGUGCCGAAUAUGAGAAUAUAAUUACAAGUAAAUGUAAUGUCCUGGACUUUGAGAGGUAUAUACAAGAAAACAAGACAUUAUUACUUAAUGAUCCUUUAAGGGAUAUAUUGUUGUAUCCAUCAGAUGAUGUUUCAAGUGUUGUGUUGCCUCGACGAUGGAGGACUGUGACUACUGCAGUGCCUGACGUUAGAACUGCAUCAACAUGUCCUCUUCUCACCAGACAAGCUCUACUCAGCUAUGCAUCAAGCUGGAAUCUUGUACAUUACAAAUAUAGUAACUAUUCUGGCUCUUAUCACAAUUUGCCUAGGCCUUUAGAUAACAAACUACUUCCGGAAGUAUAUGAUAUAGAUACUGAAGCGGAAACUGAACAUGAAGCUCAAACUAAAGUUGAUAUUGGAACCAAAGAAGGAUACCUGCUCAAAGGACCAGAGAUCGGUUCAGAAAGAAUAUUUAGUAAUCUUGCCUCGAAGUCAUUUAAGAAACGUUAUUGCUCAAUGGUCAAGGAAGCCGAUGGAACUUACAUACUUGAAGUGUAUAAAGACGAAAAGAAAACCGAUACCAAACUUACUAUUGUUAUGGACUUUUGUUCCGAUGUCGUUAGGAACACGAAACGCGGUAGAUUUUGUUUUGAAUUACGAAUGUCGGGUAACAAAGGAUACACAUUUGCGACUGAAACAGAAGACGAUAUGAACGAAUGGAUCAAUGCAUUCAAAGCGGCCCUAAAGAAAACUCCUGAAUUGGAAUGUCAUCAAAAUGACGAAAUUCUUGACAAAGAUGCAGAUAUAUCUCUAACGGCAGAACCGCCUCCCCCAACUUACGGCACGUUGAAGGGAUUGGAACAGAGUAUGAACCCAAUGCUGAUGCGAUACUCCCGCGAAACCGAUAUGUCGAUCGCAGCCGCGCGGAACGAAUGCAGAUCGAACCUCUUCCAUAUGCCCUACAAGAGGUCACCUUCGCCGGAACCACAAUUAGAACCAUUCAAAGAACAUUUUGGCCAAAGAAUAUUGCUCAAAUGCGAAAGCUUGAAGUUUAGACUGCAAGCGCCUAUAGACGGUGACAAGGAGUUGCUCUGCCAAGUGGAGCCGUACUUUACAUACCUGGCGGUGUACGACGCGAGAAACGGCCGGAAAGUAACGGAGAACUUUCAUUUCGACCUCAAUCACGCCGCCGUCAAGGAUCUAGUCAUCGAGAGCGAGUGCACUAAGUCGCUAAUGGAGAACUUUAGCUAUGACGUCAAGGUGGACGUUAAACAGAUUCCCGACGAUUGGUUUAGGUCCAAGAGACAGGUGGUUCUGUCGGUGAAUAAUCCUCACUCGGACCUGUUUCUAGUCGUGAGGAUAGAUAAAAUACUACAGGGUCACGUGAACCACGUGCUGGAGCCCUAUUUGAAGGCGACCAAGGACCCGCGGUUGGGCCUCAAAGUACACAAGGCUGUGCAGGCUUAUGCGAACCGCGUCGGGAGUUAUAGGAUGCCAUUCGCAUGGGCUGCUAAACCUCUGUUUAGAUUAUACAGCAACGAUCUAGAUGCCACACCAGAAUUUCCGGCGAUCUAUCGCCAGGAACCUAACAAGAUGUCUGACGAGGAUUUAUUGAAGAUAUUAUCGGAUUAUAGGAAGCCGGAAAAGUUGGCCAAACUAUCUGUGAUCCCAGGGUGGCUCUCUGUUAAUAUACAAUCAGCUACGGAACCUAUACCAAAUUGUAUGACAAGUUCAUAUGCGGCGUUGAAACCAUUCCCGUUACCUCCUACAAUGCCUCUCACCUUAGAGCUGGCCACAUUUAACUUAGAACCGGAGCAGCCGUAUGCUGCCUACGUACAUCACUUGUAUGUCAGGCCGCUCACCGUCAACCUGGAGUCACAGAAAGUGUUUGUACGUGCCAGGAAUAUUGCCUGUACCAUUGAACUAAAGGAUAGUGACACGGGAGAUGUGAAACCUUUACAAAUGAUACAUGGAAGAAUAGGAAUGACGGAUCAGUACAGGUGCGCGGUGCUCCACCAUAACGCCAGCCCGAGCUGGUGUGACGAGGCCAAGAUCCGACUACCCACAACUAUCACCGCGCAACACCAUCUUCUGUUCACAUUCCAUCAUAUAUCAUGCGAUCUCGCCAAGAAGAACGACGCUAAUAUUGAAACUUGCAUUGGAUAUGCCUGGGUACCGCUGUUAAGGAAUGAGAAAUUCGUUGAAGAGUAUGUGAGUUUGCCUAUUGCGACUCACCUGCCCUCUGGAUAUUUGUCCAUCCAGCCACUAGGUCUUGGCAAAGGGAACGCUGGGCCCGACAUAGUUUGGGUAGAAGGAGAGAAGCAGCUGUUGCGGUGUCACAUAGUGCUGGAUUCCACCGUGGACACCCGCGACCCUCACCUGCGACACAUGUUCAGCUCCAUCGAGCGGCUCGUGAGGACUGCCUCGCCCCCCACUAGCCCCACACCGCCUCCCUGGAAUGACGUCAUCAACGCGUUAAAAGCCGCGCAAGGGAUACAACCGAGCACGCUCGUUGCGUUCUUACCGACUAUACUCAAUCAGCUGUUUGAUUUAAUGACAGUUGAGAAAGGGUACACGAAUGAGAUGGGAUAUCAGAUCGUGAAGCUGAUUGUACAUUUUGUACACCUGAUACACGAAUUUGGAAGAAAAGAUUUGCUCGACAGCUAUGUGAAGUAUGUGUUCAAUUGCGUCGAGUUCAAGCUGCAUACAGUAUUAACCGCACCGCUGUACAUGUUCGUUGAAUCAACUCAACAAGACUUCCUCCUGGGGCAAAAGUUCAUGCAAUAUUCCGGCUUCUUCUUUGACAUUAUAGUUAAGAGUAUGGCGCAGUAUCUCAUCAAUACGGGCAGGAUUAAGAUGUCUCGUCAUGAGAGAUUCCACACAGAUUUGUUGGAGAACAUUGACCGACUGGUGACGUUAGUAGAACCUUCAUACAUACUACAACAACCAAUACAAACACAUGUAUUUAACAAGAACUUAGCUUUGUUUCUCAAGUCUUGUCUAUCGUUUAUGGAUCGUGGUUUCGUGUUUCGACAAGUAAAGAAGUACUUAGAGAAAUUCAAAGCGUGCGACCCGAAGGCCUUAUUCGACUUCAAAUUUACUUUUCUGCAAACUAUAUGCCUACACGAACACUAUGUGCCUUUCAAUUUGCCCCUGCCAGCUAAUAGAAUAUCAAAAGAUUCCAACGACGGUGGAGCAGUCACUCCGCGAGGCGGCCCACAAGCGGCGCUGUGCUGUGAGCGUGCUGCGCGCCAUACUCACGAAGCACGAGCACGACGACCGCUACCGCCCGCGGCAGGCACGAGCCCGCCUGGCGCAGCUGUACGCGCCCUGGCUCACCGUGGUGCUGGAUAACGCUCACCGCCUUGUAACAAAAGAAUUAGCCAGUCCAGUAAUAGAAAACGGUCACGAUAAAGUAGAUGGAGAUGCGACAGCAAAUCCCGUAUUAAGCAAUAACCAGAAGGAGGUAGCUUCAGCCAAUAGCACGCCACGACGU